CUCGCGGAAAAAGCUGCUACCACUUUCCAGCAAUAUCGCUGAAACUCUCGGUUAGCUGACACUAAUACCGUCACUUUAAUACCCAACUUAUUCAGUCGGGAAUUUGUGCAAAUUGUGGACGUUUCGACACUAUCGAAUAUAUUACGUUUAAGUUGUAUUUCAAGAUUUAAGUGUUGAACAUAAGUGAAAAUUGUUUGAAAGUAGCAAUGGACUGAUAACAUUUACAAAGUUUUGUUUAAAAAGUUGUGGCAAAUAUUUGUCUAAGAUAAAUCGACAGCGGGCCGAUCAUUUUUGAUGAUGUAAUGACGGAAUUUAACACACGAUGCUGGACAUCACCGAAAUAAAGUUUGAUGAUUAUGAAACCACAACAUUUUAUACUGAACCACAGAAUUGUACGUCGAAUUGUGAAGAGGAUUUGAAUAAAACGUUUCCCACAAAUUCAACAUGGCCGGAUUACGAUUCCGUGUGUGCGGCAGUUCAAACAGGGGACUUUUUAACGUCACCUUUAUUUCAAUCGUGUGUUUAUUUGAUGUAUUGUACAGUUUUUAUUGUGGCGCUUUUGGGAAACGGACUAGUUUGUUUUGUAGUACAGACAUCACCCCGCAUGAAAACGGUUACGAAUUAUUUCAUAGUGAAUCUUGCUGUAGGUGAUAUAUUGAUGACACUGUUUUGCAUUCCGUUUUCUUUCGUAUCCAUGUUAGUACUAAGAUAUUGGCCGUUCGGUGCCGUAAUGUGUAAAGUGGUGAACUACUCUCAGGCGGUGUCAGUGCUAGUUAGUGCUUAUACGUUACUCGCCAUCUCUAUAGAUAGGUAUAUGGCAAUUAUGCGUCCAUUGCGACCGCGGCUUGGGAAAGCAGCCGCCAAAUUUGUGGUGGCAGUAGUAUGGGGUGGCGCUCUAGCGACUGCAGCACCAAUUCCCAUAGUGUCACAAGUGCAGCGACCCACGGAUUGGCAUCGGUUCUGCCAAGCAGAUAUUUGCCUCGAACAGUGGGAACGCGAGCAAAGCGAGCAGUACACAUGCGCGCUGCUUGCGCUUCAGUUCGUGCUGCCGCUAAGCGCUCUUGUAUGCACGUACGCGCGCAUAGCGCACGUCGUGUGGGGCGGCCGUCCACCUGGAGAGGCGCAAACUGUACGCGACUCACGCAUGCAACGUUCUAAAAGAAAGAUGAUAAAAAUGAUGGUGACCGUUGUUGCAGUCUUCACAGUCUGCUGGCUACCUCUCAACGUAUUCAUUGUGUUAUGGACUAUCCACGAGGACGAUGAGAGCUGGGCAGCGUGGCCUGGCAUGCCGUACGUGUGGUUCGCGAGCCACUGGCUGGCGAUGUCGCACUCGUGCUAUAACCCCAUCAUAUACUGUUAUAUGAACGCGCGCUAUCGACGUGGUUUCAAACAGGCCUUAUGUUGUUUGCUGCGCAUGCGACUGGAUCCACCAUCGAGGUCAUAUCAUCGCUCUAGUAUGUGUGAUGGAGUGCCAAUGUCGGAAUUGGUGGGCCUAAAUGGUAUAACACGUAGAGGCACUACCAGCAGCUAUGGGAGUCGGUUGCAGCGAGCGCCAACCUGUUCAUCCUGCACGUCGAUCAGACGAGGCACCUUAGCAGUCGGGAAUAGCAUCGGUGGUCCAACACUUCGAGUCUCCAAUAACCCACCAGUUCGAGCGGUUUCUGUUCGCACACAUUUCAAUUAAUCUAGUCAUGGAAGACUUAAUCAUAAUUAACAUAAUAAAUCAUCUAGUCUUAGAAAGUCAGUAAUGGUGGUCAAUGACCCUAUUGCUAGAAAUAUAUCGUAUCAGGUCGAUCUCUAUGGGAUCUCCCCGAGCAAUCGUUGUGAUUAAUUCCUAGCGAAUUAUUAAUAGCUAGAUUCAUCCUCACCUAUUGUCCCUUACUGGUUUCCCAUCAGCGUAUGUCAAUAGCGCAGAGAGAGUUAUCAU